CUUGCAGCGAUCGUGGGGGAGGGCACAGCGCCCUGCAGCGCAGGCGACGGAAGGUUGUUGAGGCAGUGGGGCGCAGACCACGUGGAAGCUGAGCCACCACCUCCCACUCCCCGCGCCUCCCCCCAGAAGGACGCACUGCUCUGAUUGGCCCGGAAGGGUUCAGGAGCUGCCCACCCUUUGGGCUCGGGGCCAAAGGCCGCACCUUCCCCCAGCGGCCCGGGGCGGCCAGCGCGAUCCGGCCUUGCCGCCGCCACCUCGCGGAGAAGCCAGCCAUGGGUGCCGCCGGCUCCUCCGCGCUGGCCCGCUUUGUCCUCCUCGCGCACCCCCGGCCCGGGUGGCUCGGGGUCGCCGCGCUGGGACUGACCGCGGUGGCGCUGGGGGCUGUCGCCUGGCGCUGCGCCUGGCCCACGCGGCGCCGGCGGCUGCUGCAGCAGGUGGGCACCGUGGCGCAGCUCUGGAUCUACCCUGUGAAAUCCUGCAAGGGGGUGCCGGUGAGCGAGGCAGAGUGCACGGCCAUGGGGCUGCGAAGCGGCAACCUGCGGGACAGGUUUUGGCUUGUGAUCAAUCAGAAGGGAAACAUGGUUACUGCUCGCCAGGAACCUCGCCUGGUCCUGAUUUCCCUGACCUGUGAUGGUGACAUCCUGACUCUCAGUGCAGCCUACACAAAGGACCUACUACUGCCCAUCAAAACGCCCACCUCAAAUGCAGUGCACAAGUGCAGAGUGCAUGGCCUGGAGAUCGAGGGCAAGGACUGUGGCGAGGCUGCCGCCCAAUGGAUAACUAGCUUCCUGAAGUCAGAGCCCUACCGCCUGGUGCACUUCGAGCCUCACAUGCUACCAAGACGUCCUCACGAAAUAGCAGACUUGUUCCGACCCAAGGACCAGAUUGCUUACUCAGACACCAGCCCAUUCUUGAUCCUUUCUGAGGCGUCACUGGCGGAUCUCAACUCCAGGCUAGAGAAGAAAGUUAAAGCAACCAACUUCAGGCCCAAUAUUGUAAUUUCAGGAUGCGAUGUCUAUGCGGAGGAUUCUUGGGAUGAGCUUCUUAUUGGUGACGUGGAACUGAAAAGGGUGAUGGCUUGUUCCAGAUGCAUUUUAACCACUGUGGACCCAGACACCGGUGUCAUGAGCAGGAAGGAGCCGCUGGAAACACUGAAGAGGCUGUUCACUGCCCCACUCCAGGAGGCGCUGUUCUGUUGACCUUUGACGGGAUCGUGCCCUCUCCAGCUGCGCAUGCGGAGGCCCUGUGUGGGAUGGAAGCGACGUGCUGGUUGAGCUCUUGCGUCUGCUUGGCUGUGACUCAUCAUGAUCUUUUCCUAUUGCAGUUAUCGCCAGUGUGACCCUUCAGAACGAAAGUUAUAUGGAAAAUCACCACUCUUUGGGCAGUAUUUUGUGCUGGAAAACCCAGGGACCAUCAAAGUGGGAGACCCUGUGUACCUGCUGGGCCAGUAAUGGGAACUGUAUGUCCUGGAAUAUUAGACGCCUUUUAAAAAUGUUCUUAAAAAUGACAACACUUGAAUCAUGGUGUUUCAGAACUGAGACCUCAACAUUUUCUUUAAAUUUGUGAUUUUCACAUUUUUCCUCUUUUGGACUUUUCGUGUCUCAGUGCUUCAAUGUCCCAGUGCAAAAAGCAAAGAAAUAUAGUCUCAAUAACUUAGUAGGACUUCAGUAAGUCACUUAAGUGACAAGACAGGAUUCUGAAAACUCCCUGUUUAACUGAUUAUGGAAUAGUUCUUUCUCCUGCUUCUCCGUUUAUGUACCAAGAGCGCAGACUUGCAGCCUGUCACUACCACUCGUUAGGAAAAGAGAAGAAGAGAAAGAGGAAGAGUGGGUGGGCUGGAAGAAUGUCCUAGAAUGUGUUAUUGCCCCGUUCAUGAGGUACGCAAUGAAAAUUAAAUAUGCUCCCCAAAUAUGGCUGGAAUGCCACUUCCCUUUUCUUCUCAAGCCUCCGGCUAGCUUUUGAAAUGGCAUGAAGACUGAGGUGAUCUUCAGGAAGCACUGCAGAUAUUAAUUUUCCAUAGAUCUGGAUCUGGCCCUGCUGCUUCUCAACAGCAUUGAAUUUCCUAAAGGUGCCCAGGAGGGUGGUUGUGUAGUCAUGGAGGUCCCCUGGAUCCUUGUCAUUCCUCUCAGGUAAUGACUGAGUGCUCUUUCUCCAGUUCCAGGUGAAAAAGUUCUGAAGUCUGUGGAGGAGAAGAAAAGUGAUUCAGUGAUUUCAGAUAGACUACUGAAAACCUUUAAAGGGGGAAAAGGAAAGCAUAUGUCAGUUGUUUAAAACCCAAUAUCUAUUUUUUAACUGAUUGUAUAACUCUAAGAUCUGAUGAAGUGUAUUUUUUAUUGCCAUUUUGUCCCUUGAUUAUAUUGGGAAGUUGACUAAACUUGAAAAAUGUUUUUAAAACUGUGAAUAAAUAGAAGCUACUUUGACUA